ACAGUCCACACGAUUACUAAUGGGAAAAGCUAAAUUUACAUAUUCAACUCUUUUUUUAAGGAUAUUUCUUAAACUAUUUGACCUGUUUCUGUUUCGAGGGAGUGGUCGUGCCUUUUUUCUAAGAAACAAUAAGCCAAAAGUAACUUGUUUUUCUUCUGAAUGGAGUUUGCUGGAGCAUCAUCGCUGCAGCACCUACAGGCUCUGUCCAGCUUGUUAUCAAACCAGCAGGAGGAUGAAGAUGAUGAAGACUGUAAAAAUAUCAACGCUUGUGCCCGGCUUGGUCCUGGACAAGUUGGUCCCCCAUCCAAAACAGAUGAAGAAGUGUCUACUGCCUAUGUGAAGAAGAACAGCAAAGAUAUCUGGAGCGAGGAAGAGGUGGCUGAGGGCUGCCAGUAUGAAGACGAUAAUGACCCGCGCCCACAGCCUGAGUAUGAAAUAAUCCUGAAGCAGAGUGUCGGAACAGAGGAUAUCUUCCUUGGCUUGAAUGGAAAAAACCCAUCCUCCAUGUGCUGUGAAUCAAUGCUGGUGAAAAUCAAACUACCAGACACUAAAGCAACAGAUGUGGUCCUGGAUGUAAAAGAGAAGUUCCUUGAUCUGCGGACACUUAAAUAUAAACUCGGUCUUCAUCUCCCACAUCCGAUCCACAGCCACGAGGGAAAGGCUCAGUUCUUCAGUGAGAGGGAGGAACUGGAGGUGACUCUACUGAUCAAACGACCCAUGGAUUUUAUCAACAUGCCUUAAGAACGAGUGACUACAGCCAACACGUAUUUGAGAGACGUAAAGAAGAUUGAUGUAUAUUUUAAUGCUGUUUUCUACAUAUGUCUCCUUUUAUUC